AUGCCCAGUAUUGUCUCAAUACCUACAGAUCACUGUGCCGAUUGUGGCAGCCUUUCAAUACGAACCGAUUUCUUUUGGGUUUCAAGGAUAUGGAAGUUUGACGACUCACGAAAAUACGAUAAUGGCUCUACUGUUGAUCCACUUCCCCCCAAGGUUUGGAAGCUGGCUGCAUCUACCGAAGACAUUGAAGCUUUCCGCUCGCUGUACAAUCUGACUCUCGUCGAUGCCACACCCCAAGAGGCCGCCUCAAUGCCGUCCUGGCCGCAACCCCUCUUCCAGUUUCUAGUGGUGGCGCCGCCCAUAACUGCGUGCGGCUUCGGCUCAGCACAGUACUCGUUCUUCGGCACGACGGUCACGCCAGCACAGUUCCUCCAGGUGGUGCUUUCGCCCUUCAUGUUCGUGGCAUGGUGUGUCUCAUUCGGCCUCACGCAGAGCGACAAACUCACUGGGGGGUGGAUGUCGGUACUGGGAUGGGCCGCUUGGUACGACCUCGUAGUCCACCCCUUUGGAUACUAUGCCUUGCCCCCACUGGCCUUCCACCUCAAUGGGUGUGUCCCUGCCGAUGGCAUGGCCUAUCUCGAGCAGGGAGCGCGCAGCCACAGCUUCUGCAUCGUGCAGAGUGCUACGUUUGCUGUGUCUACGCUCUUUAUGAUGCUAGUAGUUUAUGCCAAGGCUCCGGGGGCCUUCAACGGCAUGAUGGUCAUGCCGGCCCUCACGGAGCUUGUCAUCGCUAUUUUUGUGGCAAGCCAGGGCACGCCCAUGGUGGUGUCUGGGAACUGCAUGCUUGUGGAAUUGAAACCAGAUCAAGGCUUCUUGGACUCGGAUAUCAGUACAAAAUGGAAGGUUUUUGCGUCAUUCAUGGGGUUCUGA